AUGCAGCGGGCCUUGUUUACUGAGGAAGAGGUGCGCCUCGCCUCCGAGCGACACCUGAAAUAUCAAGGGUCGGCGAAAGUCAGCAUCAAUGACAUUGAAUUUGACCCACCAUUGCCUCGAGACCUAGACUCGAGAAAUCUAGACAGGAUUUGCCAGAUCUUUCGAAAGAAUCGCUGUCGUCGCCUUGACGUGGAGAAUCGUAUUCCAGUGAUCGUAGCUCGAAAUGAUCUCUCCACGGCACUCCAGCAAGCGGAAGUGACAGCCGGCGCUUUGAUGACUAAAAGUGCUAAGCAUCUUCCUAGUCUCCGGUUCCCAUCAGGCCAACUGCGGGGUCUGCAUGGACGACAUCGCGCGCAGGCUGGCUCCAUGGUGCUGGCGCCCAUCGACCGAUGGUGGGCCGUAGACCUAUAUUUUGACGGUCAGGCCGCUGCCUUAUUCCAACUCUAG